GCCUGCACAGGAUGUGGCUUUAAAAAAAAACAAAAAACAAAAACAAGUUCUGCUGUUUUAACACACCAUGGAAAUGAUGAUAGAUUUAAACUUAUAGUAAUUGUUAUCAGCUAAUAUUUGUUCUUGGGGCCAGUUAAAGAUGUCGCUUAACUUUCUUAGGAGGUGACUAAAGUAACGGCAGCAGACCGUACACCUUUGGUUCCUUCUCAGUGGAUAAUGGAGAGUAGUCAUGUUUUUUCAGGUGGCUAAUUAGCGCCUUUUUAUUCCACCCAGGGGUACAACAUGGGUUCAGAGAUCCCAGAUUAUUACAACAAGACACUUGCCUCUGAGAACAAUACUGUGGCCACUCGGAAUUCUGGUUUCCCUGUCUGGGAGGACUAUAAAGGCAGUGUGGAUGACUUGCAGUAUUUUCUGAUUGGACUCUAUACCUUUGUAAGUCUUCUUGGUUUCAUGGGGAAUCUCCUUAUUUUGAUGGCUGUCAUGAGGAAGCGAAAUCAGAAAACCACUGUCAACUUCCUCAUAGGGAACUUGGCCUUCUCUGAUAUCUUGGUUGUGCUUUUUUGCUCACCCUUCACUCUGACCUCUGUCUUGCUGGAUCAGUGGAUGUUUGGCAAGGUCAUGUGUCACAUUAUGCCUUUUCUUCAGUGUGUGACAGUUCUGGUUUCAACCUUAAUUUUAAUAUCAAUUGCCAUCGUCAGGUAUCACAUGAUAAAAAAUCCUGUGUCCAAUAAUUUAACAGCAAACCAUGGCUACUUUCUGAUUGCGACAGUCUGGACGCUGGGCUUUGCCAUUUGCUCUCCCCUCCCGGUGUUUCACAGCCUCGUGGAACUCCAGGAAAGCUUUGGCUCAGCGUGGCUGAGCAGCCGGUAUUUAUGUGUUGAGUCGUGGCCAUCUGAUUCGUACAGAAUUGCUUUUACAAUCUCUCUGUUGCUUGUUCAGUACAUUCUGCCCUUGGUCUGUCUCACCGUGAGUCAUACCAGUGUCUGCAGGACCAUAAGCUGUGGGUUGUCCAGUCAAGACAGCAAGCUGGAAGAAAACGAGAUGAUCAACUUGACUGUUCAGCCUGCCAAGAGAAGCGGACCUCAGGCGAAGCUCUCCCACCGCCCAAAGUGGACCUACUCAUUCAUACGAAGACACAGAAGGAGAUACAGCAAGAAAACGGCCUGUGUGCGGCCAGCUCCAGCUGGACCUGCCCUCGAGAGCCGUGAAGGAAGGCCUCCAGGGAAGGUGGGCUCCAUGCAGAGCCAGCCCCCUCCAUCCAAUAAGUUCAUGCCAGGGGUGCCCACCUGCUUCGAGGUGAAACCAGAAGAAAACUCAGAUGUUCCUGAGAUGAGAGUAAGCCGUUCUAUUAUGAGACUAAGAAAACGGUCUCGAAGUGUCUUCUACAGACUGACCGUCUUGAUACUAGUGUUUGCAGUGAGCUGGAUGCCUCUGCACCUAUUCCACGUGGUGACUGAUUUCAACGAUAACCUGAUUUCAAACAGGCACUUCAAGCUGGUGUACUGUAUCUGUCACUUGCUAGGCAUGAUGUCCUGUUGUCUUAACCCUAUUCUGUAUGGAUUUCUGAAUAAUGGGAUCAAAGCUGACUUAAUGUCCCUUAUUCACUGUCUUCAUUUGUCAUAAUGCUCAUUGUUUACCAAGAAAAGAACAUGUGUUGGGAUCCUCUAAAAUAUAUUCACAACAGCUAUGUAUGUAUAAUAAAUUUUGUUAACAUAUGGAAUUUAUGUAUAAGAACUCUGGGUUUGAAUGCCAGUUCAUAAUA